AUGGGUACAAAACGAAAACUAGAAGAUAAUCUAAAUUCUGAGCUAGUUGAUUUUAUUACUGAACUCGCUGAUUAUGAGAAAAAUGUCAAUCGUAUGAUGCAUAAAUAUAAUGCCUAUAGAAAGGCAGCCACUUCAAUUGCAAAAGUGGAUCAUAAAAUCACAAGUAUAGAUGAUGUCAAAAAUUUGGAGGGUGUCGGAAAAAAGAUUGCUGCUAAAAUUGAACAAUAUUUAUCAACUGGAAAAAUAAAAAAAUUUCUUAGACCAGCCCAUGCUCGUAAACUGGUUGAUAAUGAAAAUAUAAAAUCGAUAGAUGAAUUACGAAAACAUCCUAAACUAGAACAAUUACUUAAUCAUCAACAACAACUUGGACUCAAAUAUUUAGAAGAAAUUGAACAAAAAAUUCCACGAGAUGAAAUGAAACAAAUGGAGGAAGUCCUCUUGAAAGAAAUAAAAACAAUUGAUGAUGAUUUAAAGGCAGAAAUAGUUGGAAGUUAUAGAAGAGGUUGUAAAAGUGCCAGUUCGGAUAUCGAUAUACUUCUCACUCAUCCAACGUGGACGUCGAAAAAUAAACGUGAUACAACUCCAUUAUUACAAAAAGUUGUUCAAUCAUUAACGAAAAGUGGUUUUAUUACAGACACAAUGGCCUUGGGAGACAAUAAGUUUAUGUUUAACCGUAAUAUGAGAAAAAUUGCACAAGAACAAGGUUAUACUCUUAACGAAUAUUCUCUAAGAAAAUAUGGACAAACAGGUGUACCGGGAAAUCCCAUACCUAUAACAUGUGAAGAAGAUAUAUUUGAUUAUCUUGGCAUGGACUAUAAAGAACCAAAAGAUCGAAAUGAAUAA